AUGGAAUGGUUGCACGGUGGCCAGGCAAGGCUGCUUUUUGGAGAUCCUGGCGAUGUGAAUGAGGUGGCUGCCGUGGUUCUGCCUAGUCAGACCAAGGUCACGAUUGCGCUUGAUGAGGGAUGGAAAGCACACUGCUUUGCUGGCCGUGAAGGUGUGCUGAAAGCAUAUGGUGAAUCUCGAUGGUCCUUCGGGUGGUUCUCGGGUUUGGGUGGUUGGCAUUGUGGCCUUCAGCUGGCGGCUAAGGGCGCAAAGAUCAUGGUGGACUUCGAUGAGGAGGCUUUCUUGGCUAAGGCCUUGGCCUGUGAAUGUGGGGUGACUGAAGUCAUUUGUGGUCGUUGCCCUAAGCAUCCUGACUUUGUGCUGUUGAAGGAGAAGGCCUACAUCUUCUAUCCUGACGUGAAGUUGGCCAAUAGUUUGAAUUGGGCUCAACCCCACAUUUGUGUCCCGGCUACAGCCUUGUCUCUGGCCUCGGAAAGUGCUAUCCUGACAGGUUUGAACUCGGCUGAUCUCCAGGCUCUUCGACCCUCUGUUGAGGCUGUGGAAAUGUUGAGCCGUGCUGACCUUCUACCUUCUCGCGACGGGGGUGGCAAGUUGUUCAAUCCGGCCCAUGUCUUCGAGGCGAGGGUACGUUCGCCACACCAGCCCUUGAUUGCUGCAAUGGCAUGUUAUGGCAACCAGCACAACUUGCCGGUCAACUUGUUGAAGCGAAAGGGCUUGAUGACGCACCUUCUGAGAGUUGAUGGUGUUGUGAGGUGUUACCACCCCAUGGAGGUGAUUGCUGCUCAGGGCUUUCCAAGUGACACAGUCCUCUCAGCUGACUUUGCGGAGGCUCACAAGCAGGCAGGUAACAGCUUGGCCAUUGGGCAUGCAGUUCUUGGCCUUCUCAAGGUGCACUUCAUCGCCCUUCACUCCGUUGGCUGA